GCAGAAAAACAUCGCUUUGCCACAUAUAACAGAAAAAGACUUACAUCUGUUCACUUUUACUUUCUGUCAAAUUCGCCGUCAUAAAUUACUAAGUGGAAAAUCUGGAUCUGUGGUCCAUCAGGAAACGCUGUAAUCCUCUUCGCAGCGCUGCACUGAGUAGUCUCGCCGUGUGAAUGGGAAGAGCUGAUAAUGUCCCAACUUUUUCUGGGAGGAAAAGCGUCCUCCGGUAAAUUAAACAGCUGGGUAGAACCAUCCUUCGGUGAUCUCUUUGGAAGCUCGGGACUGAACAGCCUCCCCUUGGCAAAGGCACCGCUUUCGGGAGGAAACAAGUCCAGAGCACAGCCCUCUGGUGUGGACGUCGGCGGGAAGAAACCCAGGAAGAGAAAGGGAGCGCUCCAGGCCGCCAAGCCUGUGUUCCCUCCCAGGAGGCAAGAUUCUCAGGAGCCCCAAGAUGAACCCUGGGUGCAGGUGUAUGCCCCUCAGUUACAAGCUGAGCUGGCGGUCCACAAAAAGAAAGUUGAGGAAGUUGAGAAAUGGUUGAGGGUUCAUUUGGACUUGAAUCAUGCAAACAAGGGUGGUGCUGUCCUACUGCUGACGGGUCCGUCUGGCUGUGGAAAGACUGCCACAGUUCACGUCCUGGCCAGGGAUUUGGGUUGCCAGAUCCAGGAGUGGUCCAACCCUGUCACCACUUCCGAAUACAGGACGGAUGAUUCCUUCAGACAGACCUUCGAUCCAGACUCCAGGUUUAACAGUUUCCACUGGACCUCACAGACAGGAGCCUUCCAGGAGUUCCUGCUCAGAGCGAACAAAUACGACCGACUCCCGAUGAGAGGAGACGGCCAGGCUCAAGACAGAAAGCUCAUCCUUGUAGAGGAUUUUCCAAACCAGUUCUACAGACAGCCGGGAUGCUUGCAUGACACGCUGAGGCGCUUCGCGAGAACGGGCAGGCGGCCACUGGUCUUCGUGGUGUCGGACAGCCUGAGCGGUGACAGCAGUUCCAGACUCCUCUUCCCGAAGGAGGUGCAGGAGGAGCUGGGCAUCCGUACCAUCAGUUUUAACCCCAUAGCUCCCACCAGUAUGAUGAAGGUGCUGAGUCGCAUUGCUGCUAUCGAAGCUAACAAGAGUGCCGGUCGAGUCUCCGAUCCGGAGAAGGCGGUAUUGGAGCAGCUGUGUGCCGGAAGCUCGGGAGACAUCCGCAGUGCCAUCAACAGCCUGCAGUUCUCCUCAUUUGCUGAACACUCUCUGGAAAAGGGUGCGUGGGCUUCUAAAAAGGGCAAAUCAGCUGCGUCUGCGGCAAGAGUCCCCGCUAGGCCCAAGGGGGGCAAUCGUUCUACCAGAUCCGCAGAGGUGCUAGACGACAGCCCUGCCAUCGGAGGAAAAGACACCUCCCUCUUCCUCUUCAGGGCCCUGGGGAAGAUCCUUUAUUGCAAACGUGAAGCCUAUGAGGGUUGUGAAGUUCCUAAGUUACCAUCACAUCUUUCAGUUCAUCAGAGAGACAGAAUGAUUGUUGACCCAGAGCUUGUUGUAGAGCGGUCUCACAUGUCAGGUGAGUUCUUCAGCCUCUACCUGCACCAGAACUACCCGGACUUCUUCUCAGAUAUGGACGAUGUCGCACGCGCCAGCGAGUACCUCUCAGACGCUGACUUCCUGACGGCUGAGUGGAGCUCUAGGCCCACCAUGUCAGAGUAUGGAUCAUCCGUGGCCACUAGGGGGCUCAUCUACUCAAAUUCAGCCCGAGCACAGGCUACCAGCCAAUCACACGUAGGCUUCAAGCCCCUUCACAAACCCCACUGGCUGCAUAUUAACAAGACGUACCGGGAGAACUACCUGGCAGCUCAGUCCCUGUUCAUUAGUUUCUGCCUGACACCAGUGAGCCUCAUGACGGAGCUCGUGCCCUACCUUGCCCAGCUGAGCAACCCAAUGAGGAAUCAAGCUCAGAUAGCCUUCAUUCAAGACGUUGGCCACCUCUCUCUUAGACGAUUCCCAGGCAGGUUAAAACUCGAAGCACUUGGCGACAAAGAACCUGGCGGCCUGGACCUGGAUGGCGAAAGUGACGACGCGGGAACCCAAACCACCGGGCAGGGAACCCGCACUUUGCCCUCCAGCAGCCAGGAGCCGGGGGCAGAUUUCCCCAGCAGCCAACCACAGCCGACCACCGCAGAUGCCUUAUUGGACGAGGAGGACAUUUUAAUCGAGGAGUAUGACAGUGACUGACCAAUCACAUGCUGUGGUUUUCCAGACAUAAUUCACCAUCACUGCCUUGAGGUGUUGAUGCUCCCUCCAUGUUUCUAAAGCACUGGGGUUUAUGUUAAGUCUUUUUAGAAUGUGAAUUAGUAGGAAGUUUCUAAUAUUUAUUUUUUUUUCCAGGCUAAACAGAAGCCUGUUGCGUCACGUUUGUCCCGCUCCUGUGUAACAGUGUACGUAUUGUACUUAUGUCAUAAGGACAUAAGUGAUUGUUACACUGAAAUGGGUGUUUGCAUACAACCAUUUCCUGUUCACUGUAGUACAGUUCUGACAUUGAUCUGUUUAUUAUUUGCCACACCUUGGCCGCAGCACAACUUUACAACAAUAAACAAUUUUUUUUUGCAAUGUA